CUACGGUGAGCCGAUCCCGGAUCGGUGUCGUUUCGCUGCAGUAUCGGUUUCCUAAGGAAACUGAAUGUGCGGAGAACUGAUCCGGAUCUAGAGCUGUGGCGCCGAUGGAGUGGCAGUGGGAGCGGGAGUGGGAGUGGGGACCGAGGAGGAGGCGUUUCUCAGCGGAAAGUCUUUUCCUCACGAACCAGCUGCUCCUCUUUUCCUCAGGCGGAAGUUAGAGACGGACAGCGGCGGCAGCGCGCGCUACAACUCGAGCCCAGGCAGCCAUGUCAGCGCAGAACCACGGAGGUCGACGGAUGCCCGGAGGGGGUGCCGUUGUGGAGGAGUCCAUCAUUCGCAUCCCCCCGCAUCACUACAUUCACGUCCUGGACCAGAACACCAAUAUCACCAGAGUGGAGCUCGGUCCUCGCACCUACAUCCGUCAGGACAACGAGAGAGUGCUGUUUGCCCCUGUGCGCAUGAUCAUGGUGCCGCCACGUCACUACUGCGUGGUGCUGAACCCCGUGUGCCGUGACGACGAGGGCCGGGUACAGUUUGACCAGCUGGGCCAGUACAAGCUGCGGCACGCUGACCUGGAGAUCCGGCUCACACAGGACCCUUUCCCCCUGUACCCGGGGGAGGAGAUCCAGCAGGACGUGGCGACCCUGCAGAUCGUGUACCCCAACACGGCCCUGCGGCUCCAGGCUCUGCUGGACUUUGAGGAGGAGGGGGGGGAGAAGAGACUGGCCGGGGACGAGUGGCUCUUUGAAGGCCCAGGGACUUACAUCCCCAGGAAGGAGGUGGUGGUGCUGGAGACAGUGAAAGCCACGGUGAUCCAGGAGAACCAGGCCAUUCGCCUGCGUGCCCGCAAGGAGGGGCUGGACAGGAGUGCAGUUCGCAGGGUCACCGGGGAAGAAUGGCUGGUGAGCAAGGUGGGCGCCUACCUGCCCGGGGUCUACGAGGAGGUCGUCGACAUAGUCAACGCCUUCAUUCUCACCGACAAGAAAGCCCUGCACGUGCGUGCCCUGUGUCCCUUCCGUGAUGCGGGCAGCCGAGACCGGCGCACGGGUGAGGAGUGGCUCGUGACUUUGGCUGAUCGCGAAGCUCACAUUCCCUCAGUGGCUGAGGAGGUGGUGGGCGUCGUGGACGUGACCACACUGAGCAGCCGCCAGUACUGCGUGAUCCUGGACCCGGUCGGCCCCGACGGCAAGCCUCAGCUGGGCCAGAGGAGGGUGGUGAAGGGCGAGAAGUCCUUCUUCCUGCAACCUGGAGAGCAUCUGGAGCAGGGCAUCCAGGAUGUGUACGUCCUCUCUGAGGAGGAGGGGCUGGUGCUCCGAGCUGUGGAGGCUUUCAUCGACACCGAUGUGCAUGACCCUAAGGAUGACUGUGACGAUGACACUGAGGAAGACACUGAGGGACUGCAGAGGAGGUACAGCAGAAAAAGGGGAGGGGUGCUCCGUCACCCAGGCGACCGCUGGAUGCUGCGUGGACCGGUUGAAUACGUGCCCCCAGUUACGGUGGAGGUGUUGGUGCGACGAAAUGCCAUCCCGCUUGAUGAAAAUGAAGGAAUCUACGUGAGAGACAUGAGGACAGGGAAGGUACGCGCUGUCAUUGGCCACACCUACAUGCUGACGCAAGACGAGGAACUGUGGGAAAAGGAGCUACCCCCCAAUGUGGAAAAGCUCCUGGCGUCCAUGCGAGACCCCCUGGCUGACCGCUCGCAAAGGGACAGGGACAGGGACGAGCAGGAGAGGAGGGAGAGGGACAAGACGCAGGUGGUGACCUACAGGGUCCCCCACAACGCUGCAGUGCAGGUGUACGACUACCGAGAGAAGAAGGCCAGGGUGCUCUUUGGCCCUGAGCUCGUCAUGCUGGGUCCGGACGAGCAGUUCACCAUCCUCUCGCUGUCCGGGGACAAGCCAAAACGCGCCAACAUCAUCAAGACCAUUUGCCUGCUGCUGGGGCCCGACUUCUGCACCGACAUCAUCACCAUCGAGACGGCUGAUCACGCCCGCCUACAGCUGCAGCUCUCUUACAACUGGCACUUUGACAUGAAGUCCCGCUCGGACCCGAUCCAGGCGGCCGCGCUCUUCUCUGUGCCGGACUUUGUGGGCGACGCCUGCAAGGCCAUCGCCUCCAGGAUCCGCGGUGCCGUGGCAUCCGUGCAGUUUGACGACUUCCACAAGAACUCAAACCGGAUAAUCUGCUCGGCCGUGUUCGGGUUCGACGAGAAGCUGGCUGUGCGGUCCAACCUGCGCUUCGACCAGAACGGCCUGGUCAUCAGUAGUGUGGACAUCCAGUCCGUGGAGCCCGUGGACCAGAGGACACGUGACGCGCUGCAGAAGAGCGUGCAGCUGGCCAUCGAGAUCACCACCAACUCGCAGGAGGCAGCUGCUCGCCACGAGGCUGAGCGGCUGGAACAGGAGGCCAAGGGCCGCCUGGAGAGACAGAGGAUCAUGGACCAGGCUGAGGCAGAGAAAGCCCGCAAAGAGCUGCUGGAGCUGGAGGCCCUCAGCGCUGCUGUGGAGAGCACCGGAGCAGCCAAGGCGGAGGCACAGUCCCGGGCCGAGGCAGCCCGCAUCCAGGGCGAGGCGGCUGUAAACGAGGCUAAGCUGAAAGCCGAGGCUCUGCGGAUAGACGCGGAAGCAGAACUCACACGUUUGGCCAAGGCACGGGAGCAGGAGGUCGGCUACAAGCAGGAGAUGAACCGGCUCGAGGUGGAGAAACAGCAGAAGUUGGCGCAGAUCGAGGUGCAACGCUUCAAGGAGAUGGUGGCGAGCCUGGGGGCCGAGACCCUGAAGGAGAUGGCGAGGGCGGGGCCCGAGCUGCAGGUGAAGCUCCUGCAGUCCCUGGGUCUCAAGUGCACCCUGAUCACGGAUGGGACAUCUCCCAUCAACCUUUUCAACACAGCCAACGGGCUGCUGGGUAACCUGCAGGGCAAAGCAGACUGAGCGGGCAGUAUAAUGUGUGAAUGAUGUUCAGACUCCCUGCUGAAAGAAUGUGUUGGGGGGGAGAUCAAAGGAAAACAAAUGCAAACCAUGCCUUUAAGUGAUUGUUUACCAUUGUGCACUCCUAAAAACCGUACAUGACAUUGCAGCGCAGCAGUCGGAAUAGGGAGACAGCGGGGAGGAGGGGAGCACAGUCCAUGUGUGUUCUGCUGUGUCUAAUUAAAUGACCUUGGUCGGA